AUGUCCGAAAGUCAAAAACCGGCAACAAAAAAACCGAAGAAGGGCAAGACUAUAGCAUUGAACGAUUUUCUUGCUGAUACAUCAAAGACCGUUACUGUCCGUGCAACAAAUUGGUCGGAUAUUGUCGAUCAUGAAGAAGCAGAAACUAAACCUAUCCUUAUUGAUAUUGGAGCACUACCUACAGCUCCUCGUGGUGUCUCAGAAGUUGACCCAAAUACUAUACCAACGAAUCCUCCAUUCAUUGCUGUUGUAGCAAAUCUCUCUUUUGAAAUCGAUGACGAAAAUCUAAGAAGAAUAUUUGCUGAUUUAAAUCCUAAAUCAGCUCGAGUAUUACGAGAAAAUAAUCGCAGUCGCGGAGUUGGCUUCGUUGAAUUUGAAACACGUGACAACUUAAUCGAUGCUUUAAAACGAACAGACAAAGAGAUAUAUGGGCGUAAAAUGCGUAUUACUGUUUCCGACAAGACAGAUAUGCAGGUAGAUGGAGGUCGAGGAUCAUUUGGCGGCCAACGAUCGAAUCGAGGUGGCGGUAGUGGUGGUGGUGAAGGGCGACCAGAAAUGGAUGAAAGAUGGACAAGAGCCAAGGCACGACCUGACGAUGCGUCGGAUGAUCGACCAAGUAGUGGAUUUAAUCGUGACAGACAAAACCGUGGGGAUCAUGGCCGAUCAAAUAUGGGUGGUGGCUCACGAGAUAAUCAUGGUAAUGAUUAUGGAUAUGGAUAUCCACGUAGAAGCGAUGAUCGCGGUGGAGUACACAGCGGUGGUAAUCGGGAUUAUAACCGUCAGGGACAACGCAAUUGUCAUCAAGAUGAUGAUAAUCGAUCGAACAGUGGUGCCGACAGACCUCGUUACUCAGGUCGAUACAGUGAUACACGUGAUACGCGAGAUCGAAAUCGAACGAAUGAUGAAACUCGUGAUGAUCAACGAGAACCACCACGAGAACGUCAACGUUUACAACUUCAACCACGUACGAAACCAUUGGAUGAAUUCGAACCAUUAUCGGGUUCCUCAUCAUCUAUUAAUAACGUUGCUGCUAAUGCUGGACAAUCGUCGAUAUCCAAUGCAGAUGACCCAUCUUCACCCUUGGCAAAUACUUCAACUCAACAAAAUCAAGAUUUAUCAUUCAAUGAGCAUCGAGAUGAUAAUGAACCACAAGAAUCUCGAAAUUCCGAUGAUCGAGUAAAUACAUCUGAUGAACAAUCAACAGUGAAACCAUCGCGUGGUGCUGGUGCUUCGAUAUUUGGUGGAGCGAAACCGGUGGAUACAACUGCAAGAGAACGUGAAAUUGAAAAGAAGCUAAAAGAACUUGAAAUGACUUCUAGUGAAACAACGGGUGAUACUGAAGAAAAACCGGCACCAUCAUCAUCUAGACCAUCACAUUAUCGUUCUGAUCGAGAAGGUUACCGUGGUAAACGAUCAUCACAUAAUGAUGAACAUCGAGAUGGACGAGAUGACGGCCGAUCUGGACAAGGUCUAGAUCAUCACCACAAACGUGAAUAUAGUGGCGGCCGACAGUAUGAAGAUGAUGGUCGACGACGUCAUACUGAUGAUCAUCCACCAUCAGCACGACGUGGUGGCCACGAUCGAGAACGUUAUGGCGGUGGUCAAUCACGACGUGAUCACGAUUCUGUUCGUUUUAAUAAAUAUAAUCAUUCAGAUCGUGAUCAUGAACGUAAUAAUAAUCGACAACGUGAACGAGAAGAUCGCAAUCAAGAUCCCGAUGAAUUUAGCACUUAUGGUCGUCCAUACAAUAACCAACACGGUGAUGGCUUUUCUCGAAACCGACCACGUGGUGGACAACGUCAAAACGUUCCAGCUACAGAUGAUUCAAGCAAACUCCAAUUAUCCAAUAAAUUCUGUAUGCUUAACGAUGAUGAUCUUGAUGAUGAUAAUGAAGAUAAUGAUGCUCAAAGUCCAAGUAUUGACGAAUUAUUCUACGUUGAUAUUUUCACAAAUCGUGUUGAUAUCAUGUCGGAAGAAUUUGCGUGCUUAUUUGAUUUCUAA